AUGAAGCACCUUCUCCUCAUUGCCGGAUUUCUCGUUGCCCUGACAGCUGCUGCACCGAUGCCUCCAGUCGAGCGCCGCGAUGGGAAUACCGAAUUCGAUCCCGACUAUAUCUUCAAGAAUAAGCGCGCUGAGAACACGGAGUCUGAUCUCCACUACUUCGUCAAGAGAUAGAUCAGACUGGUUUUGAUUGAAGCCGUUAUGUUCCUGUAGGGAAAGGAACCGAGCCUGUCGGCGAGAAUGUCUCAGGAAGUGGGAUUCCGCAAGCUUGAUGGGGAU